CCAACUUCCUCUCGGACAACAAUUCCCUCUGGUGGAGGAACAACUGCCUGUCGAGGACGACUCAGUUGCCCAGGAGGAAGAACGACUGCAGAAGAUCACGAGUGGUCUUUGUAACAAUUACGGCUUCCCCUAAUGCAUGAUCUUCCGAAGAAGCACCACCUUAGCUGCGACGUUUUCAAGGGUAAAAAAACAGUCUCAGGAUGGACUUGGAAGUGGAUCAGGGUGAGCUCUAAAACAAAUACAAACAGCAAGGACCCGCGUCGGCGAACAACGCUGAAGUCGACGAUCUGGCUGAAUUGCUAUGCUUAGUUGCCGAGUCCAUCAGGUGAUUCAUGACCAACCGUAUCUUGCUAUCAUGUUCGAGUUGAAGAUGACCAUGAAGAUGUGCGCGUGUGAACAUCUACGAGGAUGAACAUCUACGCGGAUAAGCUUGUUCUUGCACGAGUAACUAACAAACUUCUCUAAUUAUAUUGUCAUGAUCUUCAUGAAGACGAUGAAGGUCAACAGGUUCAUGAAGACGACGAUCACAAGGCGAAGACGAGAAGCUUGUCCUGGGCCUGGUGUAGAUGUAGGUGUGGAGUCGGU